CGCUGGGGAGCCUUUAUUUUUUACCCAGCGAACACGGUCGUUCGCAUGUUUUUGUUGCGCAGUCCGUGCUGCAAGCAAAUAAACGCUUUCCAAGUGGGAUGCGUACUCUGUAAACUGGUGGCCCACUCGUUCGAAACUUUCUUCGCUAAUACUUUUGGCUAGUCGCUUGUCGGGUACGGUCCUCCCGUGCGUGUCCUCCGUCUCCACUGUCUAAACUGACACUUUUCUCGGGGAAUCGUCGUUCCGUUCGUUCCCCACUGCGCAUUAUUUUGCUUCCACUUAUCAUUUUCACAACUUUGAGUGGAAGCAGGAGCGAUUCAAGGUCGCCGUUGCUCGUCUACGGGCGUCGCUGAACCCGCAGUACGGUUGUUACUUUCGAUUGCAUUUUUUCGCUACCCUAGAGUCACCAUGGGGAACACUAUGAGCUGCUUUGACAGGUGGGGGAAGCGGGCUCCAGAUGGACCGCUUCUGCACAUCAAAGCGAAAACCGCUGGAGGAGGAAGCGAUAUUAUUCAAGCCGCCUCUACUGCGUCCACCGCGGCGGCAAGCACAGCACCUGCACCUGCAGCGGCCGGAGCGGCAGCGUCUCCUGGAGCCGCUGCUCCCGUACCUGAGCGCCCUAUGAGACGGCGUCAAACGUACAGCUUGAAGGCGAAGAAGAGUGACACGGAGAUGUCAAGCAUGAGUGAACUGUCUGAUGAGUCAGAAUCUGAACCUGACAACGAUGCGGUCAGUGCAAGCGAUAUCCGUAUGAAGAAGGUCAUGCAGUACAGACGCGCUCUUACUAAAGUUGUCAAGCUCAAGACACACCUCUUUUCUGAGACAGUGAAGGUGACAUGCAGCAAAGAUGGAGAAGAGGUUCAGUGGUUCAAGGGUAAAAGUACCGCCGGCGCCCAGGACAGAAAGAAGCCUUCUGGAGGCUUUCCUGUCGACAAGAUCACAUCCGUCAAGUCUCAAGCCGACAAUACCAAGGUGUUGGUUAUCACUGUGAACAACCCUCAGCCCACGACAUACAACUUCACCUUCAAGUCGCCGGGUGAACGUGAGAGCUGGCAAGAACAGAUUCAGUCCCUGAUGAAGUUCAUGUCGAUGAAAUAAGCAUUUUGAGCGGUGUCCCAGGAGCUGCGGGGUAUUCUGGCUCUUCUUGACUUUGGCAGCGAGUUGCUCUAAAGUGACGAUUUGGACGGCACCAGUGGUUGGUCUCGUACGUCUUUCUGGUUGGGACGAGUCGCAUUCAACUUGAAUGUCCCGGCCAGUGAGGAACGCCGAAGGUCGGGUUGCAGGAGGCCUUGAACCUCGAGGCAUGUCUCAGUGUGGACUAGGAAAUUUCGAGUGUUCUGGGCCACUUUGUCGUGGGAAAGGGCGUCGGCGGGGGGCAGGUUGUGUUGCGGAUAUCACCGUUUGUUGCGAAAAAAACAGGAGGACAAAGCUGCGUGGGGGAUAAUACCGCGGCGAUCUGCUAAUGCGACGCUUUUUCGGGGGUCAGCGGGCGUGUUGGAAGACAAGAUUUCGUGUAAGGGCUGCGCGGCAGUUGGAGGCCUUAAACUGAGUAUCCUUACAGCGCGUGACUGAAUUUUGGCGAUACAGAUACACAUCUAUUAUGGGAUGGUGUUCUGUGACACAUCGUCGCGUUUGACCCAGUGUGCAUGCUGCCCCAACGGCAAGGACGACCCGAGAUCAGUAAUCUGGUUCGCGAAAGUUCCUUUCAUCGUGGGAGCAAGUAUUUAUUUAUGCAGAAACGUUUUCGGCCCAUACUUGAAGUGGGCGUAUGUCAAGGCAGAAACCACUCUUCCGAUUCCUUUUCGUGAAAUUCCCGCCGUUUCUUGACUUUUUGGUUAUGGCGAAAAUGCCCGGCCGCGACAAUCUCGUCGCCACUGAUGGUAGUGUGGUCCAGCGACUUCAAAUGAGGCAACGCGGCAAUCACAGCAAUUCUGCGGAGACAGGAAAGCAAAAGAACGCAUCGGAUGAAAUCCUGUAGAACAAUUCGAACACCAGCAAGCAUGUGUCAGAAGCGUG